UUAGACGCAGGCUCGGGAGGUGCCGUUGCCUUUUUCCUCUCGAACGCCGCCCCUUGUUCCCGGGUAAAAGACGGCCUGGGGGGUCCGAUGAGGUAUUUGCUAGGACUUGAAAUCGAGUGAGUUCUCUGACAUAUUUGAGCACACGACCCAGGAGUACUUGGAGAAAAAACUGGUUCCAAAGGCCCGGGACUGACUGCAGAAAUGAGUCCUGCAGAUGCCCUUGAUGAUGAAAAUACAUUUAAAAUCUUAGUUGCCACAGAUAUUCAUCUGGGAUUUAUGGAGAAAGAUGCAGUCAGAGGAAAUGAUACAUUUGUAACAUUUGAUGAGAUUUUAAGACUUGCCCAGGAAAAUGAAGUGGAUUUUAUUUUGUUAGGUGGUGAUCUUUUUCAUGAAAAUAAGCCCUCAAGGAAAGCAUUACAUACCUGCCUCGAGUUAUUAAGAAAAUAUUGCAUGGGUGAUCGUCCUGUCCAGUUUGAAAUUCUCAGUGAUCAGUCAGUCAACUUUGGUUUUAGUAAGUUUCCGUGGGUGAACUACCAAGAUGGCAAUUUCAACAUUUCGAUUCCAGUGUUCAGUAUUCAUGGCAAUCAUGAUGAUCCCACAGGGGCAGCUGCCCUCUGUGCCCUGGACAUAUUAAGCUGUGCUGGAUUUGUAAACCACUUUGGACGUUCAGCGUCUGUAGAGAAGAUAGACAUUAGUCCAGUUUUGCUCCAAAAAGGAAGCACAAAAAUUGCUCUGUAUGGCUUAGGGUCCAUUCCAGAUGAAAGGCUCUAUCGAAUGUUUGUCAAUAAAAAGGUAACAAUGUUGAGACCAAAAGAAGAUGAGAACUCUUGGUUUAACUUAUUUGUGAUUCAUCAGAACAGGAGUAAACACGGAAAUACUAACUUCAUUCCAGAACAAUUUUUGGAUGACUUCAUUGAUCUUGUUAUCUGGGGCCACGAACAUGAGUGUAAAAUAGCUCCAACCAAAAACGAACAACAACUCUUUUACGUAUCACAACCUGGAAGUUCAGUGGUUACUUCUCUUUCCCCAGGAGAGACUGUAAAGAAGCAUGUUGGUUUGCUGCGCAUUAAGGGAAGAAAGAUGAAUAUGCAGAAAAUUCCUCUCCACACAGUGCGGCAGUUUUUUAUGGAGGAUAUUGUUCUGGCCAAUCAUCCAGACAUUUUUAACCCAGAUAAUCCUAAAGUAACCCAGGCCAUACAGAGCUUCUGUUUGGAGAAGAUUAAAGAAAUGCUUGAAAACGCUGAGCGAGAACGUCUGGGAAAUUCGCAACAGCCAGAGAAGCCUCUCAUACGACUUCGAGUGGACUACAGCGGAGGUUUUGAACCUUUCAGUGUACUUCGCUUUAGCCAGAAAUUUGUGGAUCGGGUAGCUAAUCCAAAAGAUGUUAUCCAUUUCUUUAGGCAUAGAGAACAAAAGGAAAACACAGGAGAAGAGAUUAACUUUGGGAAGUUCAUCACAAAACCUUCAGAAGGAACAACUCUAAGAGUAGAAGACCUUGUGAAACAGUAUUUUCAAACUGCAGAAAAGAAUGUGCAGCUCUCACUUCUAACCGAAAGAGGAAUGGGCGAAGCAGUACAAGAAUUUGUGGACAAGGAAGAAAAAGAUGCCAUAGAGGAAUUAGUGAAAUACCAGUUGGAAAAAACACAGCGAUUUCUUAAAGAACGUCAUAUUGAUGCCCUGGAAGAUAAAAUUGACGAAGAGGUACGCCGUUUCAGAGAAAGCAGACAAAAAAACACUAAUGAAGAAGAUGAUGAAGUUCGAGAGGCUAUGACUAGGGCCAGAGCCCUCAGAUCUCAGUCUGAGGACUCUGCUUCCGCCUUCAGUGCUGAGGACCUUAUGAGUAUAGAUUUGGCGGAGCAGUUGGCCGAUGACUCUGACGAUGACAUCGCAGCAACAGCCAACAAAGGAAGAGGCCGCGGAAGAGGCCGACGAGGGGGAAGAGGGCAGAAUUCAGCCUCCCGGGGAGGGUCUCAGAGAGGAAGAGCAGGCAGUGCCCUGGAUACUUCUACUCGAAGCAGAAGUUCAAAGGCCACUAUGUCAACAUCUAGAAAUAUGUCUAUUAUAGAUGCCUUUAAAUCUACAAGACAGCAGCCAUCCCGAAAUGUUGCUACUAAGAAUUAUACAGAGACGAUUGAGGUGGACGAGUCAGAUGAGGAAGAAGACAUAUUUCCUACCACUUCAAAAACAGAGCAGAGGUGGCCGAGCACAUCAUCAUCAUCAUCCAGCAAGCGCAUGUCCCAGAGCCAGAUAGCUAAAGGGGUCGAUUUUGAAUCCGAUGAGGGUGACGACGAUGAUCCUUUUCUCAACACGAGCUCUUUAAGAGGAAACAGGAGAUAAUAUAUUUAAUGGCAGUUUGAAGCAUUCAAGAUUCAGGAAAAAUCAAAACACUAUAAGCCAGGAGUUUACAGUUGAAGAUUUUUUUAAGUAUUGCUGUUAAUUAAAGAAUUUGAAAAAGACUUACUUAUCAGAGAAACUUAAUGUAUGAGAACUUAUGUUUUGACAUAUCAUUUCAUUAAUAUGACUCCUUUAACUGAGAAACCUCCCAGCUCGAAGGCAUACAGAAUGGCCUUGGUUCUCUGUAUUUUUUAAUCUAGUUGUUAACAUUACCUGGGGAUGCUCUACAAAACCAGAAUGUGAUUUUCUUCACAUAUAUUAGGGUGCAUCUUACUGAAUGAGAGCUUUGCUUAAAUGCCAUUCUUGAGUAAGGAUAAAAGAAAUCUAUCACUCUGUGUUUCUGUUUCAUUAUCAAAGACUCUGUCAGCAUUUUAGUGGAGUUACAUUUAACCAAAGUGAGGCAAAGAGCUUAUAAAACUUAACUGCUUUAUCAUUUUAAUAAUUUCUAAAGAUUCUGGGUUUCCUGAAGGCAAAACAAUCUGUGUAAAACCAUGCCUAAGCUCAUUGUUUGUUACUAAGUAUUGUUCUUUUUCUGAUGUUUGCCAUAGUGUUGGCCACUGAGAUUUUUAAUGUUACAUGUACCUUAUACUUUGAAUAAUUAGAUAUAUUUGUAUUAAAAAAUAGAACAGUCUCUGAAUUUUUUAGUUUCAGUUGUCGCAAAGAUUGUGCUCCCAUUAAGCAAUAGUCAUUGUCUCUAUCCUCCGUUAUUCAUGGUUCUCUCUCUCACUCUCUCUCUCUCUCCCCCCCCCCAUCUCUCCCUCCCUCUCCUGUUUCUAGCAGGAAAUGUGUUAAGAAAAAGAUUUAUUCUUAACCAUAUCUUUCUUAGAAGAUACUGAAGAACUUUUUUAGAGUGGUCAGUUGAUCAUUAUGCUUAUAUUAGAUUGAAAUAUUGAAAUACAACUUCUGUGGAAUAUCAGUGCCAAAAUUUCAUAAUAACAAUAUUUGUCUUAACAUUGGACAUAGUUCCAGAAAUCUUGGUGAAGCAACCCAUGUUAAGUUCCUAUUUUCUCCCAUCCAAGUACUAACCAGACCCGACGCUACUUACCUUCCAGGAUCAGGCACGAUCAGGGUGUAUGGCCAUGGACAAGUUUGUAUUUCCUUACUGUGUUCAGGGGGACAUGAGAAUUGGACUUCGUCAUAUUUAAGUUCAGUAAUUCCAUUCUCCAUCUUAAGACUGUUAAACACCCCUUAGACUAUGCCUUCCUAUCAUCUGUGAGGUACCUGUAUUUGAAAACUUCCUUAGGAAUUUGUGGAUCUGGGCGAUACAGCAGCCUGACCUUUCUUUAUUUGUAGAAUUAAACACUUGACUGAGCACUAGUCACACCUGAAACUGUCAAAUUAUAAAAGAGCAUUUGCAUAGUGGCUGUCCCUAUAUUAUAGCCCUUUGAAGUGGCCUAGGCCUGGGCUAUAACCUUCUAUUAGGAGAAAGUGUGAUAAAACAUCCGUUUUAAAUAUUUUUUAAAAAUAUUUUCCGUACCUAACUUGAGUGUAAGGAUUAGCUUAGCAGGUAGCAUUAAUCAGCCUUGUCUGCGAAAUAUUCUCAGGUACUUGUGCCCACAUCUUUAAUAUUCCCAGCAGAAAUGAAACGUGGCUUGAGAGUUGCUUUCCCUGUGGAAUGGAAGCUGGUUUGGGUGGUGGUGUCUGGACAGCGUCAGCGUAGCACUUCCCGUGCACAGCGCGUCAUCCACUAAUGGCCCUUCUCACCGGCCGCCAGGAUGUCCUUGGGCCAGGGACAUAGUGAAGGUCACGAAUGCAUCCUGACAAGGUCCUACAAAAACAGAAUAAGACUUUCUUUUUCUGUAAAUUGCUCCAUGGUAUGAAAAAAGGUACUGAGUGUAAUGCAGUUAGCUCCUAGGAAUACUGAUUUCCUUGGGGCCGUGAGAGAGGUGAAAUUCUCUUCAAUUAAUCUGAAUCAUUUUGUUAACAGUGCGUGUCAUGUCCUGGAAACAUGAAAGAAUGAAAGAAAAUCCUUUCUGGUUGAGUAUUGACUCAUAGUUUAAGUAUGCCCUUGAUGGUCUGUAUUGAUGCAGUAAAAUCUAGGGUUUGGAGAAGUUUUCAGAUGUGUUAGUUAGUGUAGGUGUGUAGAGGUGAUUCCAGAUGAUUGCAGAGUACUUCCGCUUGCCCUUGGAGGCUGAGAGAGCAGUGAUGAAAACAUUCUGGUGGAAAAAAAUCCUUCCAUCGUUUACCAAAGAAUAUCCCUCCUUUUGGUGUUUUGUUCCUAUCAUAAAAACAUGGCAGUACAUUUAUAAGGCUAAGAAUGUAUUGUAAUUCUAGGAAAUUCUACAAAAUAUGUGACUGGAUGCUUAGAAAUUUCAAGCAUUUAGGCAUAUGACUUAACUCAGGUACACGGAAACCUUUUAUUUCACCAAAAAAAACUUUCAAAAUUACAAAGUACAAAUACAGCAAAGUCACAUGGUUUAAUAAUUGGAAAGUGAGUACUCAUGACAUCUCUCCGCAGGUCAAGAAAGAGCAUCACUCGUGCCCUAGAAACCCAUCAGUGGCUCUCCCCUGUCCUCUGACUAACCAGUCUUUUGACUUCUGUAAUUGAGAAGCUCCUUCUUUUGCCACAAGGUGGUGCCUCCACCAUUCCAUGGCAAACAGGGUGAUGCAACAACAAAUCUGAAAUGACGAAGUUAGUAUGGUUUUGCAAUAAAUUUGGAUCCUAUGCAAUAAUACUAAGCCUAAGCAGUAAUACCAAAAUUAACCUUCUAAUCUUAGAUGUAAAUUGCUUUCCGUAUAUCACCUGGCUCAGCCUGUUACCAAAGAAAUUGUCAGUUUGAUAAAUUUUAUAAACAACAGUUCAAGAUGAAACUGUUUUAUGUUUUUAAUAAACUAAGAAAAACCCGUUAUUAGAAAAAUUGAGUUAAAAAUUCUCACAUUGUAAAAUGUGUCCAUUGAAAUGUACUAUAUUUAAAAAUAACUUUCCCCCAAUGCUGCCUGAUUUUUUGUAUCAUAAUUUAAUUAUGCCAUAGUAUUCUGUGGCUUUUUAAAGAGCUAACUACUAUUAAGAUUAUUGUAAAACGUUUAUAGAAUAAAGGUUUGUGUUUUUGAGUCCA